CCUCCUCCUUGUUUUUUAUGGGAGAAUCGAACAACAUUAAAAUCCCAUCAAAUCCCCCAAGGUAGAGAGCCCACUUGGCCUGCUACAGUACAAAGAUCAUUCCAAAGAAAAUUUCUAUCAGCCAUGUGAUUGGAGGCAUAGACAGCAAAGAAAAAAAAGGAGAAGCUGCAGGCAGCAUUAGAAAUGGCCUAGUGAAGGAACUGGGAGGAGGCAGAGAUGAGGGAAACAUAGAAGAUUUUUGGGUCCCAGAGAAAGCAGAUUCUCCCAUUAGGAUGAUGAGAAUGGUUGGUAAAGAACAACCAGCCAUGGGCAAUGAUGGAGGCAAUCCAGGAGAAGGAAGGCUCUUUAACGUGAGUUUCCAGUAAACAACAAAAGGCAGGAAGAAGGUCCUUGUUUAGCAAACGGGUACCAACAUGCUUAUUGGGGGGAGUUCAGAUCCCUAACAUUCCAGAUAAAGGCUUGCGAAAUCAGGCAGGGGAGGAGGAUGGCGAAACAUGCUCCGAAGGGAGGGGGCAGGCAGGGGCAAUAGGAUGGCAAGAUUUGCUGCGGAGCUGGUAGGAGCGGGGAAUAGGGAGGCAGUCGUAGCCAAAUGGAUGGAGGUGGUCUUUGAAGAGGGAAGGUGAGGCUUCUUGACAGCCUUCUGGGCAGGAGGAUUCUUCGAAGAAGCAGGGGUAGCGGGCAGAGAAGACAGGCCAGGGGUAGUCCGACGGGUCGAGGCUUUAGAAAGCAAGGCAACAGUAGUGGGCUGAGAAGGGCUAAGAGAGGGAGGCCCAUGGAGAUUAAUGAAGGUGGGCUGGGCCGAAAUGGAGGAGUUAAUAGGGGGUGGGCCAAGAAGGGACGGGUCCAGAAGAUGGGCCUGAGUAGAUGGGCAAGGGAGAGGUAAGUGGGCCUGGUUGUCCAGCAAAGGAGAAGCAGCAGUAGAGGGAAGGGGUGGGUCAACCGUGGCUCAACCAACACAUCGAUCGAAUCAGAAGGGGGAGAGACCAAAGGCGGAGAGGUGGUCGAAUUGGAUGGGACAAAAGGACCUUUCGACGGGACGGGGCAUAUUUCCAGAAGGAUCAUCUGCUAGGGCCAAGUCGCAGCAAGAGGCAGAGGAGCGGUCCUCUUCAUCUGAGGACUCAACAGCAGAGGUCUCGCCCUCAGAGGAAGCUUCAGAAGAUGAAGAAAGGUCGCCAGAGAUAGAGGAACCAGAGGACGACGAGUCAGAGGAAGUAUCAUCAGAAGAGAGAACUUCUUGGGAACCCACAGGGGGAUCCACGGCAGGAAGACAGUGAGCGGGAGGCUGCUGUUUCAUCUUAUCCUCAUUCGACAGCAGAAUCGAGAAUCUGUUUUGUUCAAUGGGCAAGGACUCAGCAGGGACCUCAGGACACAACCCAGAAGGGGCAGUGGAGUUAUGUUGGCGAUGCCGACACCGCCUUGCGAGGCCUCAACCUCUCGCCGGAGGAGAAAUGAAGGGUUGAUCAUCAGUAGCAGACAUGACCGAUUUGUCUCUAUGGGCAGAAGAAGCAAGGCGUUUAAAGAAGAGAAAAAAAGCUGAAAGUAUGCGUCUGUUAGACAUGGAGAAAAGACAGAAACAACGUCUAGAAGAAAUGAGAGAAUCACAAAAGAAGGAUGAGGAGACUAUAAACUUGAAAGAGCAGCUUCGUGUCGAAAUAAGGAAGGAACUUGAUAGAUUAGAACCUAUGUACAGUGAUAUGGCUUCGCUACUCCGUGCCUUAGGCAUCCAUGUAGGAGGUGGUCUCUAUCCGACACCCCAUGAGGUGAGUUGCAUGUAUUCCAUGUUAUUACUUGAUCAUAAUUUGUAAUGCAAAUGCCUGCAAGAUGGUCCCUUAAGGCAUUUGAAUAUCUCACGAAGGUUCUCGUACUAAUUAGGAAGAAUUCUUAAUUUCAAAUAUUUAUCAUAAUCUAAUUCAAGAUCUGGAAGCACUUAGCUGGUUGAGCAUCACACUACUCAUUGAAGAAUUUUGUCUUUGUUGUCCUCCUUUUUAUUUUUGCAUCAAGGCUGUUUGGCUUAGGUGUUUGAUAGUUCGAUACAGC